AAAUGUAUUGGUCUGGUUUACUGGUCAAGUCUGUAUUUUUUCUAUUGGCUACAAAUUAAUACAAAGGCAGCAAAACAAGAACAACGGGAAAUCGCAACACUAACAUGGAUCUAAAUACUUUUGAGGGCCGCUGUACUGUGUGUUUGAGCGAGAAGGAAAAAUACAGCAAGGACCACAUGUUUUUGUAUCAGAACAGUACGCAGGAAUACCAGACCGAUUUGGAAGUAAUUCUGGAAUUUCUUGAAGAGCACUACAGGCAGGAAUCUGGAAGGAAAUCCUUAUGGCCCAAUGCAAAGGAUCUUUGUGCCACGUCCACCACUGAAGUUAUGGACACUUCUGAGGAGAAUUUCAGCUGUGCAUUAGAGCAAGAAAAGGUCCAGCUGCAGCUUUCUGCACAAGUGGCUCAGCAGAUCAAAGCAAACAGCUCUUUAGAUGCUGGAACCAACCAGGCAUUAGUCUUUCCCGAUGAUUCCAAUGGGCCAGUUUUAAAUGCCCUAAAGGGACCAGAGAGACCUUUAACUCAAAAUACGACACCUGAAAAGACUACUAAACCAUUGGCCGGCAUUACACCUGCACGAAAAGGGAAAAAGCUACGUCUUUUCCACUUCUUGUUCGAAGUGCUGGAGGACCCAAACAUGGCCCACUGUGUGUCCUGGGUUCCAGCUUUGACCGGAGUCUUCCGCUUUUCAGCCAGGCACAAGGAGCGGGUUGCGGAGCUCUGGGGGCAAAGGAAGGGCAACAGAAUGCCCAUGACAUACCAGAAAAUGUCCCGCGCCCUAAGAAAUUACGCCCGCUCGGGGGAGAUCAUUAAAGUGAAAAAGAAACUGACUUACCAGUUCAGUGUUGCUACUCUUAUAACUUUAAAGAGUACCGGUGAUAUAAAGAAUGCUCCAUAUGGAGCUAAAUGACUGUUAAUACAUGGCAAUGCAGUACGCCUGCAUUAGUCGCCAUUGUGACGUGGUGAUCAUUUUAUACUCUAAUGACUUUUAAUUGACUUGGUAACAGGAGAAGGUUAAAACUAGUUUAUAUUUGUUCCUGCUUUGCUAUCGAUUGUGUGUUCUA